AUGCAAAUACAGUCACCAUUCUUGGUAGACAUUGAUCUACGAGCCAGCUUCAGAAAUUUUGCCGAUGCCUUUUUUGAAAAAAUCUCAGGUUUUGAUCAAGAAGCGGUGGCUUUGGUAAGUUUUUAAAAAUUUUUAAAAUGAAAUAGAAAAUUCUGAUUAAUGAGACCAAGUAUUCUUAAAAGAUUUUAAAAUUUUGAAGAAUUAAGAAAACUAAAAAGAAAAAAAGCAAAACGUUUGUUUAUAACGUGUUUUUUAAAAAAAGUUGCAAUAAUAUAAGCUAAAAACGGCUUAAAAAAUACCCUGUUUAGAGUUGGGAAACCCGUGUAGGCCCGGCCCGAUUGUAGUAGUGUUUUGAGUUAAAAUUGGAAGAGAUCGUUUGACCAGAAGGCCUGGCUGGAAAAAAGAAAAUAAUUUUUGGGGCCUGAGUAUUUUUGACUGGCUAGAGAAAAAAAAAAACUUCACGGUUGACCGCCGGACCUGGGCUGAGCUUCAAAAUCAGGCCCAGCACGGCCCGUGUUUAUCACUACAAGUAAAUUUACACAGUAAGCCGGCCUAACCAUCUAUCCUUUAACCUUUUUAAAAAAAUGUUUAAAAAACUAUUCUUUAAAAAGUAUUUUUUCGAAAUCCCUUGUAAAAGUCCCUAUACCUAUUUUUUCAAAAACUCUAUUUUUACAUUGUGGGAUCCCGUGUACCUUUAGGCCAUUUGUUUGUUUUUCAAAUUAUUUCCAAGUUCAAACAAAAACAGUGUUAGCAAAGAUAGUCGAGUCAAGCAGUUUGUAAGCUUUCUCUAGACGCUUCGGGCUUAAAAUCAAUUUUAAAUUAUAAAAAUAAAUAAAAAAUGUAAAAAAAAUUUUUUUUAAUUUUAAAAAAAAAUGUUUUAGUUUGAAAAUAAAGUAAAAGAUCAAUUCCUUAUUAUAAAACUCAAAACACAAAUUUCAGCGCGACGCAGAAUCCACGGAAACAGUGAAAUACAAGGAAUUCACGCCAAUCACAAACAAAUGUGCUCAGCAUCUGAAGGAGAUUGGAAUUCAGAACAAGUCCAAAGUGGCACUUAUCGCGUCGAAUUGUAGUGCGUGCUGUUUUGUGCAUUUGGCAGCGGCGCAGUUGGGAUGUCGGAUGGUGUGCGUGAAUGGAAAUCUCGCUGUGGGUAAGGGAAAGUUUGGCACACGAGCGGAAAUGAGCAUUGGUUGUUAAACAAUAUGUAAAGACAAAUAUUUUGAGGAAAAAACUUUGAGCAAAAUUUGAGAUUUUGAAAGAUUUCAUACAGUAAAUAGAAGAUACGUACUCACCUAAAGCCUUUUCAAAGCUACCCUAAAGCCUUUUCAAAGCCUUAUACGACCCUACUUCAACCUAAACUACCACUAAUUUUUAGACGAAAUAUGGCACCAAAUCGACCAGUCGGAAGUCACACAUGCUAUAUUAGAAAGUCAGUUUACAGCCAAAAUGGAAGAUGUGAAAAGAAGGGCAAUUAUGAGAGGUAGUGGCAGGGUAAAGAUCGUCAGAAAGCUUGAAGAAGUCAUUGGAGAUACAAACUUGAGUCGGCUGACUAAACGGGAAAGCAAGGCUAUGUAAGUUAUCAAAAUAGCAGUAUAUGUCAUUUUGGUAUAGCAGUAUAUAUGAUACAAACAUUAUUUUUAAAAAUUGUAAAAUGUGAUCUUACCUAAGCCUAAGUCAAUAAUAUUGAAAUAACUUUACUUUCUCACGAUCAAUUCCAGAAUCCCAGUCCACAACGUCCCAACUCCAGAAUCAGAAUACAACUUCGAAACUGCAUCAGUAACUUCACAGUCAACUUUUGUUGUUCACUCCACCAAGAACUCGAUCAUACCAACAGACUUUACCGACCUAGACGACGCUUAUGGUUACUUUAUAUUCUACACAUCUGGAACGACAGGACCGUCCCGACCAGUCCAUCUAACGCACCAUCAAAUAUUGUUGAAUCUACAGCAGUUAUCAUUGUCUAUCUAUGGUCCUCCAACUAGUACUGACAAGUUUUUGGUACCAUUGAACAUACAUCACUUAUAUGGGUUCACAUCGCUGUAUCAUGCUCUAUUUAAUGGUGCUGAGGUCACUAUGAUCAACAAGUAUUCUUCCAAAGUGUUUUUGAAGGCGCUGAGUGAUAAUAAGGUGGGUUUUUUAAAACUUAUAAAUAAACGUUUUUCAAAUUUUUAAAAUUUUUAAAAUUUCAAAAAUAUUUUUUUUAAAUUUACGUAUUGAUUAUAUAAAAUAAGUUUAAUAGCAAAAAAAAUUUUUAGAUAUCAUAUGCCCACGUGACACCCCCAAUGGUUUUGUUCCUAUCUACCGAUCUAAGUUUGGAAAAUGUAAACCUUCGCCAACACCUACGCACUUUAAUUGUCGGCGGAGCAGCCUUGGAUUCGAAAGCGGCCAAGAAAUGCAAAGAACGUUUGGCCAUACGAGACCUACGUCAAGGUAAAAUACGUCGUCGCUCUCUGGCCGCAUAAUAUCAAAUUUUUAAAACUUUGUCUCUUAUUUUUACUGUUGUAUUUUAAGAAUUGGCAAAUAUUUGCAAUGGUUUAAAAUUUUUUUUCAGUAUACAUAAUGUCAGAAAUUGGAUCGAUUUGUUCAUUUUCGCACUUUGGAAGUGACAUCAUUGAGUGUGUGGGUUCUCCGCUGCCAGGCUAUUUAAUGAAGGUAAAGUAAAAUACGUUUAUUUAAAAAAUAUGUCCAAGCUAUCAUAAUUUCCGGGUUACAAUACAUUAUUUUAUCUUUUUUAAAUAUAAAACUAAAUUUUCUUUUAUUUUUAAAUGUACUUUCAAAGUAAUAUAACUAAAGUAAAAUACGAAUUAAAGAAUUCUUGCACCUUAUAGAUUCUACACUUUGACAACAAAAACCUGUGUGCCCCGAGGCAAGUAGGUCAUUUGUGUGUGAAGAAGCAAGACAGUACCAUUCCGUUACUACAAAGUCUAAAACAUAAAAGUAAUGGAGACAACAAUGAGGGAUAUGUCAGAACUGGUGAGUGUGCAAACCAUUAUUACUUGCUAUAUAAAUAAUAAAAACUAUUUAUACCACAAACAAUAUAUCGCACUUUUAUUUGUUAUUGCUUGUUCAGAGCUCUAUGUGGCGUACUAUAAUUUUUAAAAAUUUAAAAAUUUUAUUUUUUUAAUUUUAAAAAUCUAUCAUAAAAACUUUUAAUUUUUUAAAACUGUUCAGGAGAUGCGGCAUUUUACGAUGAACGAGGUGGUAUUUACGUGGUUGACCGUAUCAAAGAAAUCAUUAAAUUCCGUGGCAUUGUGGUAUGUUUCAUGCCCUUUAUGAUCCUAUACCAAUUCAAACACAAGUCAAAUGCCCAAUCCACAAUUUUAAGAAUAUUUUUUUUCAUUCUAUCAUUUAAAAUCUUUAAAAAAAUUUCAAUAUUAUACAAAGUUAAUCUAAACCUCCAGUUAUGUCCAACCGACGUCGAGUGUAACAUACGAAGUCAUCCAGGCAUUGAAGACUGUGCUGUGGUAUGUAAACAAAGUCAUACCAUUGGAGAAGUACCAGCUGCUUUUAUCGUGAAAAACUCGAGUAACGCUGUGUUAUCAACAGCCGAAGUAAGACAACACAUUUCGAGUAAGAUACCACAGUUCAAAGAGCUUCGAGGAAGUGUAUUCUUUGUCAAUGAAAUACCACGGACACUAAACGGUGCCGCUCUACGACGACAACUGCGACAGACAUGGGACAGGGAAAGAUUGGCCAAUAGAGAAGCUGUGAUGACGGAUUUGGCUGAAAACGGGAGACGAGCUUCUACUGUUCCUAAACAAGGUAGAUCAAACAUUCUGAUGCAUUUCUAGGGCUAGAAAGCGUUUUAAGGUCUUUAAAAAGGGUAGUAGCAAAGUAUUCAUGAUGAUUUUCAGUUUCAACAGCGCCUCCAAAACGACCAUCGUCUAGAGCUAACCAAGCAAGUCAACGUAAUCCUUCGCCACAGCCAACUUCCCUUACUAAAAAAACUCCAAAAGGUCAAGAAAACAAAAAUGCUAAAGCAAGUUCUAUUCCUAAAUCAUCUCCAAAUCCAUCACCGAAGCCAAAAACUACCAAAAUCUAG